AUGGGGUUUCUGAGCGCCAGGCGCGGCCUGGAAUGGUUUCUGGGCUUCUACUUCCUCUCCCACAUCCCCAUCACCGUGUUCCUAGACCUGCAGACGGUGCUGCCGCGCGAACUCUACCCGGUCGAGUUGAGAAACCUGCUGCAGUGGUAUGCUAAGGAGUUCAAAGACCCUCUGAUGCAGGAUCCCCCAGUGUGGUUGAAGCCCAUACUGUUUUGUGAGCUUCUAUUUCAGCUGCCUUUCUUUCCCUUUGCAGCGUAUGCCUUCUUCAAAGGAAGCUGUAAGUGGAUCCGCAUCCCAGCAAUCAUCUACUCUGUCCACACGAUGACCACUUUAAUCCCCAUUCUCUCCGUGCUGCUCUUUGAGGAUUUCUCCAAAGCCAGUUUCAAAGGACAAGGACCCAAGAGUUUCCACGAUCGACUCACCCUUGUAUGUGUCUAUGCCCCCUACUUUCUCAUCCCUCUCAUGCUUCUCCUUUUCAUGCUGCGGAGCCCCCACUACAAGUACGAGGAGAAAAGAAAGAAAAAAUGAGGGAACUACCAUGGGCUCAGAGGAAAGAUGCCCACAGAGCAUAUUCCUAUUCAACUCAUUCAUUGGAAAACUGCUCAGAACCCCUGUCUUCAGCAGCAUUUCACUCACCAGCAGCAGUGCACAAGAGCACGAUGCAGGCAGGAGCCAAGUCAGACCUCACCUUCCAAGGGCACUGGGUGA